AAAAGCCUCAAGAUGUUGUCAGCCCGCGAGCUCGCUGGAUACAGUACGGGCAAGUCAAGCGAUUGACUCCCAUGCUGACGUCGUCACUGGCUCGCUCAGUCCCCUGAGAACGCAAAUCGCAUUGACAUCAUCGCGCAUCACGGAGAGCAUUUAGCCCCAUGUUUUUAGCGAUUCACCGACCGCACUCGAAUACCUGCAUAAAACGUGCACUUCCUACGCGAGUCAAUACAGUGAAAGAUACGGGUUAUUGUUCUUGGCGAGAUUUCUGUUGAUGCGGCCGGCCUACACCAUUUUGUGAGUAUCCUCUGGAUUUCACGAGGCAGGUGAUGCGGCAGGUGUAGAUGGGUAAGUGAUCCGUUUAAUCAGAGUCCGGGCCGGCUUGUCAGGACGCAUCCACGUCGGACGGAGCGAGUGAGACGGAGGGAGGAGGCAGGGGUUUAGGUGAUCGAGGGAAUUUAACGGGGGAGCAGGAGACAACGGUCUACGGGCAGGGACGUCUGCCGGGGGCUGAAGUCCUCUCGCUCACCCCGUGUGGUGAGUCGAAGCACCGGGGGAGUCGAGUCGAGCACCGGGCUUGUUGAAACGGGAACACGGGGCUAACAACUGAAAGGAUCAGGACAAUGUUACCCGUGAUCUGCACAACGAUGAGGAACUCGUAACACUAAGACGGAACGCCCAUGAGCUCUGAUCCUUAAGAUGAGAUUGUGCAGGACUCGUCUUGGAACAUGGGGUCGCCGCAAGGUUCUGAUGAUGGCUUUCUGGUACUUUGCCGUGAUCUUCUCCGCGUUCCUGUACUACACCUACGCAACAUGGCGCCCCGCGAACAUGUACAGCGCCCUCUUCGACGUACCUGUGGCGGGCGACCACCGCGCAGGCGCAGCGCUGCUGGAGGAGAGCCCAGACGUGUUGCGCUCGCAGAGAGCGGAGCUGAGACGAAUCUUGGGCGAGAAUGUUUCCCUGGCCGGCAGGAAAAGUUCGGAAGGUGACACCCGAGCGAGAGCGCGCGACCCAGCCUCCGCCGACCCGCAGUUGCCUUUUCCCGGUGGGGAUUCCUCGAUCCUCGGACUACCAAACAAAUCGAGCCGUAUCGUUCGCGGCUCCGGUGUUGCCGCUAAUAGAACUCGUAACGCAUCCGCGCCCGGAGGCAGCAACCAGGAUCAUGUUACAAAUGAGAACAGUCUCAGGAGGCGGGUUGAAACUGAGAACGAGGUUGAGCUGACUGAGAUCGACACUGAGGAGGAGGAGGACGACGACGAGGUCAGGUACCCUGUCACCUACUCCUUGGAUCUCACGACAGUGGGGUUCGAGAAUGCCACCCUGAAACCCCCUCUAGCGCCGGCGGUGGAGGGAUACGAGCGGGUAUCUUCAGCAGAGGCAUUGAGACUUCAUUGUGGCCGUUGUUCAGUGGUGUCAAGUUCGGGUCACCUCAUCAACCAAUCACGAGGCAGAGACAUCGACUCUGCGCAGUGCGUGCUGCGCAUGAACUCCGCCCCCACCGUGGGCUACGAGGACGAUGUCGGAGCGAGGACCACGGUGCGGGUCAUAGGUCACGUCAACUUGCUAGUCUUGAACUCCAGCCGCGAGUACCAGCACGAGAUCUUCGUCAACCGGACCUCGCGGGCGGACAAGAUCGUCAUCCCCUGGCUGCACUCCAUCCGACUGAACAAGGAGACUAACCUUUAUUACAAAAUCGCCCAGAAUUUCUCAAAAACAUUCCCGGAGGUGGAGUUUUACUUCUUGACGCCGGAAAAAUCAAAAAUGGCGGAAGAAAUUUUCAAAUCUGAAACAGGUCUCACGACACGAGAGGCGAAUACUUGGUUGACGACGGGCUGGAUGACAUUACUGUUCGCCAUUGACGUGUGUGACGAGAUCGAUAUCUACGGCUUAGUCGACGAGGGUCACUGCAGAGAUCACCCGAACGACACUACACCCUACCACUACUACGACCCGAGUGGUAUGAUCGAGUGUAAGUACUAUCAAAAGAGCGAGGAGCGACUGACGGGCGGGCAUCUCUUCAUCACCGAGAAGGCCGUCUUCGCCCGCUGGGCCCACCGCUUCAACUUCCGCUUCCACGCGCCUGCCUGGAAUCUCACCGCAAACCCGGCCGCUAACCUGUCCCUGGCUCUGGAGACGCCAUUCCUGAAGAUGUUUUACGAGGCCAAGCGCAACAAUCGGAGCGUGGCGGCGGUGCGCACGCGCAAGGUGGUGCGGCGAAUCGUCCGGCGCGUCGUCAUCAAGAGAAAGGUGCCCGUCCUGAAAAAGACAAAAGUGUGAGAUUGCCAGAGCAAUUUGAAGUUUGCUUGGGCACAUCGGAGCAGGCACUGCCCCAGAGACAGCUAUAUUUUUCAGUGGAGCGGGCCGUUUGUGAUGAAGCGUGCAGUUUUGAAGGGGUGAGGUUGGGCCUUAGCGAAGACAAGACGAAUGAACUUGGUGGGACCUUUACUAUUUUAAAGAAUUGACAACUCAUUCCUCACCACUACACUGUUCCUCACUGUAUUGGAAUUUGCGUCUUAAUAGGCAAAACAAACUCACCAGCCAAACUCGCAUGCACAAAUAAAGACAGUUUACCCAUUCCAAUUGGUCGAGAGCCCGUCACGUGGCCGGUCUCGAUUCAAACGGUUGAUAAAACACUGUUUACCCUUUUAUUGGUUGAACGAUCACAAUCUUCCCUUAGACAUGCACAUUACUACCAAUGAGUCCUCAAUUCACCCUACACCGGCACCGCUGCGUUCUGCGCCACAUUGCGCAGUACGCGCCACGCGCGCGCCAAUCUCCAUAGAAGGAGUUUUUACGACUAGUCCCUAGAGGGAUAUACCAUAACAUAGCUAGAGGGAUAUUUUGAGAAACAUGAAGUAAGCUUGUUGAACAAAAUCGAUGGAAAUUUAUGAAAUGUUUGACUUGUUUUUAUUUUUUGACCCAAAAGGUAAACCAACUGCUGGUCGCCGAUAAUGUCCCCCGCCUUCGGCUCGGGCAAUUAUCCCCAACUCGGUCUUAAACGGACUUGUUUAAUACCGGCCAAUCACAUAUUUAUUCCUUUAUUAAAAUACAGAGUUCCUCACUUUGUACUUACAACUCGUGGGAAAAUCAACUCACUGUUGGCGAUGCUUUUUCGCAGUCAUUUUUGUCCAUUCAUAUUUCUGACACACUUCCGCAUAAUUUAAGCAUUGACUUUCCCGC